GGCUCCUGGUGGGGGCUCCGCGCGAGGGCGGCGGCGCCGGGGCCGCGUUCGGCUGCAGGUUCGGCUCCGAGAGCUGCGAGAGGAUCCAGAUCGCAGGACCCUUCGGCUCCGGGAAUUCCUCGCUGGGGCUGGCGCUGGCGGCCGGCGACGACGCGGCGCUGGUGUGCGGCCCCACCUGGCCCCAGGUGUGCGGGGUCAACGUCCACCUCGGCGGCUUCUGCGUCCGGCUGGACACGCGGCUGCGGCCGGUCCGGAGCCUGCCGGACACACCCCCAGAGUGUCCGCAGCCCUCGAUGGACAUCGCCUUCCUGGUGGACGGCUCGGGCAGCAUCGACAGCGGCGACUUCCGCAGGAUGAAGGCGUUCAUCGGCGAGGUGAUGCGGCGCUUCCGGGGCGCCGACGCGCAGUUCUCCCUCACGCAGUUCUCACACAAAGUUGAAGACCACUUUGACUUCGGCCAGUUCCGGAAGGUUCCGCAGCCCUGGCGGCUCCUGGACAGCGUCCGGCAACUGUCCAGCAGCACCCGCACGGCCACGGGCAUCCGGCACGUCCUGCGGCGGAUGUUCCGGCCCGGCCGCGGGGCCCGGCCGGACGCCCGGCGCAUCCUGAUCGUGGUCACCGACGGCGAGAAGUUCGAUGACCCCCUGGACUACCCCGAGGUCAUCGCCGAGGCCGACGCCAUGGCGGUCACUCGCUACGCCAUCGGGGUGGGCGACGCGUUCGAGAUCCCGCGGGCGCUGCGGGAGCUGCAGGUGAUCGCCUCCAGCCCCGCCCACGAUCACCUGUUCCGCGUGGACAACUUCUCGGCGCUGGCCGGGAUCCAGAGCCAGCUCCAGGAGAAGAUCUUCGCCAUCGAGGGCACGCACCCGUCCAACAGCUCGUCCUUCCAGCUGGAGAUGGCGCAGGCCGGGAUGAGCGCGGCCCUGAGCCCGGCCGGCCCCGUCCUGGGCGCCGUCGGAGCUUUUGAUUGGUCGGGAGGAGCGUUCGUCUACAGCGGGGGCGGGGCCAGGCCCGAGUUCCUCAAUGGCUCCGCCCCCGGCGCGGGCACACCUGGGGCACACCUGGAGGAGGCCAGGGACGCCUACCUGGGGUACGCGGCCGCGCCCCUGGACCUGGGGCACACCUGGGGCCUGGCCCUGGGAGCGCCCAGGUGGGGACACCUGGGACAGGUGACGGUGCUGGAGAAGGGACACACCUGGAGGGAGCUGGGACGCGCCUCGGGGACACAGGUGGGCUCCUAUUUCGGGGCGUCCCUGCUGGCCCUGGAGCCGUGCCCAGGUGAGCCCGGCCCAGGUGAGCCCCGCCCAGGUGAGCGGCCCCGCCCCCGGGCAGGUGAGCCCCAGGUGCGGCUCCUGGUGGGGGCGCCCCUGUUCUACGGGGGGGGCAGCGGCGGCCGAGUGCACCUGUGCGAGAUCCACGGGCAGGUGCCCCGCCUGCGCUGUCACCUGUCGCUCUGGGGCUCACCUGGGCACCCCCUCGGGCGCUUCGGGGCCAGCCUGGCGCACCUGCCGCAGGUGGGCGGGGCCAGGUGUGCCCAGGUGGCCGUGGGGGCGCCCCUGGAGGACGAGGGGCGGGGAGCGGUGUACCUGUUCCAGAGCACACCUGCGGGCAUCGACGCCGACGGGGCACAGCGCGUCGCCGGCUCCCGGUUCCCGUCCCAGCCCCGGUUUUUCGGCCAAUCGCUGAGCGGGGGGCGGGACCUGAGCGGGGAUCACCUGCCCGACCUGGCCGUGGGGGCAAGGGGACAGGUGCUGCUGCUCAGGUCGCCGCCGCUGCUGCGGGUGCGGCUCCGCGUGACCUUUGACCCCCCGGUGAUCCCGGCGCGGGAGUGCCCGGAGGGGGCGGAGCUUCGGGAGCGGCUGGGCGUGGCCGAGGUUUGCUUCCGGGUCAGCAAGGAGACUGCGGACGGCCUGGGCGCCGUCUCGGCCUCGCUGUGGUUCCGGGCCGAGCUGGACCCCGGCCGCGCUCGGGCCCGCGCCGAUUUUGGGGCCGAAAACGCCAAAAACGGGACCCUGAGCGUGGGGGAGGGGCUGCACUGCCAGAGCCUCGACAUCUUCUACAGGGGGUGCCCCCAGGACACGCUGACCCCGCUGACCCUCAGGGUGACCCUGGGCGGCCGCGGGGACCCCCUGGAGGCGGCCGGGGGGCUCCGGCCACAGCUCGGACCCGGCUCGGACACGGCAGUGACCGCCACGCUGCCGUUCGAGCACGACUGCGGCGCCGACAACGCCUGCCAGGACCGGCUGGAGCUGCAGCUCAGCUUCUCGGGGCCGGGGGUGCUGCUGGUGGGGGAGGGGGAGGCGCUGGAGCUGACGGUGACGGUGACCAACGGGGGCGAGAGCUCCUUCGGCCCCGGGUCACCCUGCGGCACCCGGCCCCGCUCAGCUACAGGAAGGUGCAGAUGCUACAGCCCCGCGGUUCCGUUCGCUGCCACUCGGAGCCCCCCGAGGGGCGGGGCCGGCGCUCGCUGUGCCAGGUGCAGCCCCCGGUGCUGCGGGCGGGGGCGCAGGUGAGUUUCCGGCUGACCCUGGACGUGCCCCCGGACGCCGAGCUCGGGGAGACGCUGCAGGUGACGGCGCAGAGCCACAG